GCCAUAACAGGUCAAGACAGGGCCCCUGACGUAACAAAUGGGGGCCUUUCGGGGAUCCAGUCUGAUCCAAGGUGUUGGAAUAGCUGCCCGUCAAGGUGGAUUAUUGCUGGCGCUGCUCUGAUAUCAAUAAUUGCACCAUGGAGGCUCAAAUACAGCAGUUGACAGAAACAGCCAUAACAGGUCAAGACAGAGCCCCUGACGUAACAAAGAACACGAAAAGGAGUUUUUGCAACCACACUCACACCUUUAUCAGUUUAAGCAGCCUUUUUCAACAGUUCAAAUCUAUUAAUCUGCUGCUAACAACAACUGUGGACGACAACACCAGGUAUCAGACGACACGUAUCAGCGAACAGAGAUGUAUGUCGCACCUACACGGGUGUGUGGUCGUGGGUGAACACUCAUCACUGAGUACGUGGAAGAAUGAGCUGAAUAUACAAAAAAAAAGAUUAAAAAUUUAG